AGAAUGGCUGCAGGGAACCACUCUCUGGUGACGGAGUUUAUCCUGGUGGGGUUGGCAGAGCGUCCAGAGCUGCGGCUCCCCCUCUUCCUGCUGUUCCUGGGCGUCUUUGUGGCCACAGCAAUGGGGAACCUGGGCCUGAUCACCUUGAUCGGGCUGAGCCCUCCGCUCCACACCCCCAUGUACUUCUUCCUCACCAACCUGUCCUUCGUCGACCUCUGCUACUCCUCCGUCACCACCCCCAAGAUGCUGGCGGGCUUCGUGGUGGGGACCAACUCCGUCUCCUACCCCGCCUGCAUGGCCCAGCUCUACUUCUUCCUCGUCUUUGUCAUCGCCGAGGGCUUCAUGCUGACGGCCAUGGCCUACGACCGCUACGUAGCCAUCUGCCACCCUCUGCUCUACGGCACCGUCAUGUCCCCGCGGGCCUGCUCCCUGCUAGUGGCCGGCGUCUACACCGCGGGCUCUCUUUGCGCAGCUGUUCACACCGCCUGUAUGCUGAGGUUGUCCUUCUGCGGAGAGAAUGUCAUCAAUCACUAUUUCUGCGACAUCCGCCCCCUCCUCGUCCUCUCCUGCUCCCGCACAGACAUCAACGAGCUGGUGGUCUUCGCCAGCGGGGGUUUCAACAUGGUGGCCACCAGCGUGGGCAUCCUCGGCUCUUACGCCCGCAUCCUCUCCUGCGUCCUGCGCGUCGGCUCCGGCCGGGGCAGGAAAAAGGCCCUGGGCACCUGCGGCUCCCACCUCAUGGCCGUCGUCCUAUUUUUUGGGUCCGGGGCAUUCACCUAUCUGAAGCCUUCCUCGGGAGAAUCUCCGGGUGAGGGGAAAGUGUCCUCCUUGUUUUAUACCGUUGUGGUCCCCAUGCUCAACCCCCUGAUCUACAGCCUAAGGAACAAAAAUUUUCAGGAUGCCCUCAGAAAAAUCCUGAGGAGGAACAUCUCUUCGGGGCUGGAUCUCCACUAA